UUACUUUCAUACUUUCUUCGCAACACCUGAUCCUAACCAGAGCGGUAUAUAACCACCGGCGCAGUAGUUCGGAAAUCGCACUUGCGCAGAUCUUCGAGCAGCAGCCACCAUGAGGGCCUUCGUAGCCAUUGCUCUUCUAUCCGCUGCCUCCCUGGCUUAUGCCGGUCCUCGUCCCGCUGCUUCCAAGACGGAUCUUAGCAACAGUCUUGGAGCUAGUUUUGGCAGUGCGAGCGGAUCUAGCAGUGCCUCUGGGUCACUUUCCGGACUUGGCUCAAGUGGCAGCUCCUCAGGAUUCCUAGCCACACCUUCAUUUGGUCCAUCGGGAUCAGCGUCCUUUGGAGCUUCGGCUGGCUCUCCUGGCGGAGUUUUCGGAAGUCUAGGCUCUAGUUCUUCAAGUAGACCUGGAUCUUCCGGACCUAGCUCAUCAGGCUCUUUCGGCUUUGGUCCGAGCGGAGGCUUCUAUGGUCCUUCGAGCUUUGGAGGUUCCGGUUUUCCAGUCGGCGGCUAUGGUCCUGGCUUUGGACCUGUCUAUAGUUUUGGCCCAGCCUAUGGCUUUGGCCCAGCCUACGGCUUUGGUCCCGCCUACGGCUUUGGCCCCGCCUACGGCUUUGGCCCCGCCUAUGGCUUUGGCCCCGCCUACGGUUUUGGCCCUGUUUAUGGUUUUGGCUCUGGCUCUGGUCUCGGCCUCGGUUUCGGCUCCGGCUCUGGUUCCAGCUCUGGUUUUGGCUCUGGCUCCAGCUCUGGAUCCGGCUUUGGCUUGGGCUCUAGUUCUGGCUCUGGUUCCAGCUCUGGUUUUGGUUCUGGCUCCAGCUCUGGAUCCGGCUUUGGCUUUGGCUUGGGCUCUAGUUCUGGCUCUGGUUCCAGCUUUGGCUCUGGCUUGGGCGGCAGCUUCGGUCUUUACAACCCCUCGCUUUCUUCUGGUUUCCUUGGCCAAUUGGGUGGUCAGCUUGGAAGUCAAUCGGGCAGCAACCUUGGAAGUCGUGGAUCUGUCCAAGCAGCUGCACGAAGUGGAAGACCUGCGGCAAGAAGCUCCAGUGCCUCAUCUAGUGCCUCUAUGUCAUAAGCAAGGCUACGUAACUAAACCUAGUCAUCCUUUCAACAGGAGGGUCAUAGGUGUCACUUUUCCAGUGAUAUUAAAAGAACAAGGGGUACAACCUAAGCAAUCAAUGGAUACUUCCCGGCUAUGAUUUUCUGAUUACCCAAUAAUAAAGACUGCAUCUGAAGUUGC